UAAAAGUCAAUUUUUUUUUGCUAUCAGAUUGAUCAAAUGGAUAAUAAUGAUGACUUAAUAAUUGAAGUUAAAAAAAGUGAGCAACCUUCGCUUGAUAUUUAUGGGUUUAUGAAUGAUAUCAGAAUUUCUUAUAAUGAUGAAGAUAAAAAUUUUGAUUUACCAACAAAUAAACCUUCUGAUGAGACUUUGACGAGCCCUAAUUAUGAUUUAUUUAACAAUACUAGAAAAUCAUUUAUAAAAGAAAAAAUCGAAGAGGAUAUAAUAUUUAAGACCCAAAAAAAUUGUAUUGAACUUUGUAAUUCAGAACUCAACAAGUUGAAUAGUUUAACAGAACUAUCAGAUAGUAAAAUUGACAAUAGUUCUUUAAAUCAUGACGAUGAUAUAUUAGUUGAAAAGUUUAAUCCAGUCCAAGAUAUGAAAUAUCAGAAUAGCCAUUUGUCUGUAUUACCAAAUGCAGAAGAUGGUUCAGAAGUUAAAAGUGCUAAUUCUUGUAACACGGAUAAAAAUUCUUCUGAUAAAGGUUCUUGUAACACGGAUAAAAAUGAGCAAGUUGAGUUUAAAUGUCUUGAAAUUCCGAAACAUAGAUUAUCAGUCGUUAAAAAAUCACUUAUUAUGCAGAAUACAGCAGAAAUCAGCAUAAUCUCUGAAUCUGAAGUUAAUGAGGGAAAAGUUAAAAAUGGAAAUACUGUUGAUAGUAAAAAUGAUUUAGUAGAAAAUCAAUCUUCUGAAAAAACCAGAGCUUCAUCUCCAUUUAGAAGGAGAAAAGGUGUACGUUUAGCAGCAGAUGUUCGACAUAAUCAUCCAGUUUUUCCUGAAGAUAUUUUAGCAGCCUACGAUAUCAUUGAUAGAAAAGAAGUCAAAGAAAUUAAACCAACUAUUGCUAGUAAAAGAAAUAUCUCAUUUAUUAAUCGUUUUAAAACUGUAUUCUCCCACAAUUAUUCAAAAGAUCAAAAAAUUACAUCACAGCAAAAAAGUUCUAUUGUUCACAAUAAUCUUGUGAUUAAGUUAUCUUUAGAAAAAGCAAAUGAUGGUGAGCCUAUGCAGGUUAUAACAAUGUCUCAUUCUGUUAAGCCAGAAAAUAACAAUCCAGGAUCAUCUAUGUUUAUUUAUGUUGAUGAUGAGUUUAAUAGUGAUGAAGAAAAUGGCAAUGGUUUACCUCGUACUCCUAGUGAUGCUGACUCUGAUCGUAGUAGCAUUUUUAAUGAAGAUGAUGACACAGACAAUAUUGACAUGGUAGACAGCUACAGAAGUUAUGCUGUAAAUCAAAACAAUGAAGUAAAUGGAAGUGUUUAUACUGCAAAAAAGGAAGAUGUAUUUUACAUUGAAAAAAAAGAUUAUAUUAGGCAGGGUUUGUUAUCCUAUUCUCCAAUGAAGAAUCAGUCUGUUUAUGAUGUUGAGAAACAAAAUAUGAAAAAUGAUACCAGUAAAAGAACAAUAUCUACAUCAUCUCUUGACAUCAAGUCUGUAGCAAAUGAUUUUCUUCGGUACUCUCUUACCUUAUCAUCAAGAAAGAAGUCUUCAGUUAACGAGCCAUUACGAUUGUUUACUGAUGGCUUUCCAGCAUCAUUGCCUGCUUUUCCUUCUGAUCGUCGUUCAUUAAUUGCAUUAGAGGUUUAUACAACAGAAAGAAGUUAUGUAAGAGGGUUGGAGAUUGUUGUUUUGCAUUUUAUGAAACAGAUCAGUUUAAAUGGAUUCAUGGAUGAUUCAGACCUUAAAAUUGUUUUUGGUAAUAUUGAAAGCAUCUUAGCCUUGCACAAAGAAAUGUUGGAUGAACUACUUGAAAGGAUUUCAAACUGGUCAGAUAGUCAAUCUAUUGGUGAUAUUUUUUUAAUGCAAGAAAACAAGUGGAAAAUUUAUUCUGAUUAUUGUACAAAUUAUGAUGCAAGUGAUGCUUUCUUAAAACAAAGACUGAAGAAGAAGAAGGAUUUUGAAACUUUCUUAAAUAUGUGUUACACUAAUCCAGUAUGUUUACCUGGCUUGACAAUGCCAUCAUAUUUAAUUACUGUUAUCCAACGAAUUCCACGAUAUGUUUUACUGCUCAAGGAUAUUGCUAAGAGAACUAGUAGCGAUCACAAUGAUUUUCAACACUUAAAAGAUGCACUAACACUUAUGGAAAAGAUUGCUUCUUUUUUAAAUGAACAACUAAAACAAUCUCAAUGUCAGAAAGCUUUAGAAUUACUUCAAACACAAAUUACAGGACUUAAGGCUUAUUAUACACCAGAUCGUAAUCUUGUCCAUGAGGGUGCAGUUUGUUUGCAGACAAGCAAAAAGACAUAUCAAUGUGUUCUAUUCAAUGAUCUGCUUGUCUUUGCUGUUAAAGUUGCUAAUAGGCAGAGCAUUGUUGAAUUAGCAUUAGGUUUAAAAACAGUAUGGAUUGAAGAUUUGGAAGGGUUGGAUCCACAAACUACUAAAAAGGAUUCUAUUGGAAUUCACACUCCUGGCAGAUCUUAUAUAAUGUAUGUUGGCUCAAAUUCUGAAAAAAAAAUUUGGUUAGAGAAAUUAAAAAAAGCAAUUUUACAACACUUGUAUGGUUUUGAAUUAAAUGAAAGUAAUGAUAUUGACCUAAGAGAAACUUCUUUUGAAUAUGAUGAUGGCAGUUUAUAUAGUGGUUUCUUUUUGGGAUCCAAGCGUCACAAAGAAGGUACAAUGAUGUGGCCAAAUCAAAUGACAUAUAAGGGAGAAUGGGAAGAUGAUGAACGAAAUGGUUAUGGAACUUUAGGAUAUAUUUCUGGUGAAUUGUAUGAAGGUCAAUGGAAAAAUGACAAACAAGAUGGGUUUGGGACUUUUAUUGAUGCAAAUGGAGACAGUGUUAGUUGCAAAUGGAAAAAUGGUCAGCGACACGGAGAAGCAAUUAUUAAUUACAAAAAUGGUGAUAUGUUUAAUGGAUUUUUUGUGAAUGAUAAUAUAGAAGGGAUUGGUGAAUUGAAGUGUAUAAAUGGUUUAUGUUAUAAAGGAAAGUGGAGAAGGAAUCUUAAGCAUGGAAAAGGAAAUUUAAAAUUACCUGAUGGCUCAGAAUACAGUGGUUAUUUCUAUCGAGAUAAAUAUCAUGGCAAGGGUAAAUUAACUUAUUCAAAUGGAUCUUAUUACACUGGAGAUUUUGAGCGUGGUGAAAGAUGUGGUGAAGGUUCCUAUAUAAUACCUGGGGGAGUUUCAUAUGUUGGUCAGUGGAUGCAUGAUAUGAAGAAUGGUAAAGGAAAGAUGACAUAUGAAAAUGGUGAUGAAUAUGAUGGAACAUGGUAUCAAGAUAUGAGAAUAGGUCAAGGAGUAUUAUUCUACAAUUAUGGUGGGUUUUAUAGAGGACAAUGGCAAAAUGAUCUAAUGCAUGGCACUGGAGUUAUUGAGUAUAAAGAUGGUUCUACUUAUGACGGUGAAUGGGAUAAUAAUAAGAUGUGUGGCCAUGGCAAAGUAAAGUAUCCUGGGGGAACUUGUUACACAGGAGCAUGGAAAGACAAUUUUCCUAAUGGUAAAGGAAUUUUAACUAAGGCCAGUGGUUGGUCAUGCGAUGGGAACUGGGUGCAGGGCAAGCAAGAAGGACAAUGUAAAUUAUGUGAUCCCUCCAAUAACUAUGAGUAUGAUGGUCAAUGGUCAAAUGGUUUAAAGGAAGGGAAAGGUGUUGAAGUAACAAAAUUUUCAACUUAUGUUGGGGAAUUUAUUGAAGAUCUACGAAAUGGACAAGGAUUAGAAAAAUAUUUAAACGGUACAACGUAUGAGGGCAUUUGGUCUCACGGACAAAAACACGGGAAAGGUAUAAAGAAGCUAGUUAAUGGCCUUUCCGAAACACAACGUUGGUCUUACGGUGUUUUAGAAAGCUCCUGUGUACUAUUAUCACCUAGAGAAAUACCGUCUUUGCAACGCUUUUAAAUGAUAAGUGUUUUGUUUUGUUUUGUUUUGUUUUUAUAGAGUUUUUUUACUUACGGCUCACGUACUUUUUUAUGUAAAAUUUAUAAAAAAAAGUCAACGUCAUAAAUUUAUUUUCUACUGUUCAUUCUUAUAUUUAUUCUUUCUGCUAGAUUUUUUAUUUUAUUUAUUAAAUUUUCUAGUAAGUAUUUUUUUAGUUAAAAUUUUUUCAGUUAAGUUUGUGUAAAAUACUUAAUGGUUUGUAUAAAUACAUGCAUUUAUUUGUGUUAACUAUUUAUUAAAUUCGAUAAUUAUUUUUUUUAAUUACUUAUUAGUUGCGAAUUCAUUUAUUUGUGGACUUAUCUACAUUUAAAAAAACUAUGCAAAAAAAUUCCAAUAUUUCUUAAUAAAUCUAAUCUUUUUUUUUUUUUUUUCAAAUUCUUUUUUGUUUCAGUGUAAAUUGAUCAAGAAAUUGCAAGCAAGAUUCAAUUUUUGUUUGUUUUCAGUGUAAAUUAAUUUUAAGCAAGGUUUAAUUUGCUUCAUUUUUUAUUGUUUCCGUUGAUUUUUUAUGUUUUUUAACUUAAAAAAAAAAAAUUCUUAUUAUACUAUAAAAACGACCAUUUUUAGAACAAAGUUUUGUUAAAUUUUCAAAAAUAUUUGUUAAUUUGAUUUUAGUUAGCUUACUAUAAUCUUGCAGAAUUCUUUGUAGCCUUUUAACUAAAUGAAUUUAAAUUACUACGGUACGACUUUUCCAUUGACUUUUCAAUUUCAAAAUUUAAAAUUUUCUAUGUUAACCCUUUUGCUCCGCUUCAUUUUAAGAUUUGACCACUCAGCGCGCAGUAUUUUUAGCUAAAGUUGUAGAUAUAUUAAAAAUAAAAUUUUGUUAUGUUAUCGUAAUAUCUGAACCUUGAAGUAAAGCUUUUCUGAAAGA